AUGCCCAGUGCCACUUGUAUGAUUGCCUCAGGCAAACAAGGGAGUACAUGCAGAGCUCUAAACAACAUUGAGUAUGUGUGUGAAGAGAUUCAAGAGCUCCCUGGACACUUUGGCCUUGCAAUAGAAAACGAGAAGUAUCCUGUCAUCACCAACACAACAUUAAAGAUGGAAACAUCUAUUAAGAAAUUCAUAGAUACUGUUAUUAAGAAGUUGCGGCAGACCCUGAACCAAGCAGUUAUGGAGUCAUGUGAAAUGGUUAAUGAAACACCUUUACUGAAGAAAGUUUUGGAUCAGUACCUGUCUCUUCUUGAUAACUGUUUAACCCGGCCAAAUUUCGAGAGAUUUUUGCGCAAGAUCUGGAAUGUUCUUGUUGCCAUCUUUGUUAGCCUAGUUGAAAGCAACUGUGAUAAGAAAAAUGCAGAGUUCUUCAGCGGUGUCUUCACCAUCCUUGAGCGCACAUGGCAUUUCUUCACCCACUCUCCAACCAAUUCCAAAGGACUUGAUCCACAGCUGGCACACACAAUGGAAUACCAGAACUUGUUGGAUACCCUGGGCAACUUGAAGAUGCCGACAGAAUCUCUCGUUGCUAAGUACUACAGAGAAAGGUUUGAAGAGCAGAGUCAACCUGGAGCUAGUCUGACUGCUCGACUUGUAGUUUUGGCAUACUUCACCACAACUGGUAACCUGACAGUUGAAGUCAUCAUGGCUAAUGAUAUAGUGAAACCUAAAAACUAUCAUGAACCUACACCUGUCCUCCCUCUCAUGUCCUCAGGAAAGUCACCAGAUACAUAUGUUCAGGUGAAACUUGUGCCUGGUGAAUGGUUCCCGAAUGUCAGGAAUCAAAAAACCAAGAUACAGAAGAAGAGUGAAGCACCAGUAUAUAAGGAAUCAUUUGAAUUCCUCAUAAGCCACACUGACACCGGAACAAAGUCAGGCGGCCACCUCCUCUUUGUGCUGAAGAUGUCACAUCGUGUCCAAGCUGAUUGUAUACUAGGGGAAGCUGUUUUGCCACUUGAAGAGCUGCCCUGUGUGGAGCCAUCAGCCAUGAGAAGUGUCACUACCAAGUACUUAACUGUGAAUCUAGCUAGAGAAGAUAAUGAAUACACCGCUUUAAAGGCAUUGCAGUACAGAAUCUGGGAUAAGAAAGCAGUGUCGUUUCUCAAAGAGGGAAAGAAGAAGAGAAAAAUCAAGUUGCAGCUGGACUUGUAAUAAAGCUGAUGCACAAUAUACCUUGGGAUCAGGAUUUCAGUUGGAGCAAUAUAUGAUGGACCUCAUGGUAUCCAUACAUAUUCAUGAUAAACGGGUUGAUAGGGAUUUUGCUUGUGUAGGAAAUAUUUUGAUCUGUGGUUGUUUGAUAAAAAUUCAUUCUUCCAUUCCUCAAAAUGUUAAAUAGCAGUUAACUUAAUCACUCAUCAAUGCAUAUUCCAGUUGUACUGUGAUGCCAGUUGUAGUUAUAGUGGUGCUGUAACUAACUUACAUAUUCAGGUAUACUAAGUGCUUGGUUAAAAAAGUAUAUUACAGUAUUUUGAUAAUAAAUCCUGUGAAAAGUGCUACAUUUUUUCCCAGCAAGUUAAAAAAGUUAUAAUGUAAUCUUGUAAUGUAAUGUAGUGUGUACUUUUUAUGAGGAAAGAGGUACGAGUUGAUGUUUCAUGCUGUCAAGGGUUAUCAUUCUUCACAGUACUUUACCAAAGAAUGUUAUUGACUUUGCCACAUCAAAUGUGACUUAUGUUAAUAGGUUGUCCAGCUUGUAAAGCAUCUUUUUGUGAUAUUAUAUUAAGUUCCAAACAGUAAGAAAAUACAUUGAUAAAUUGGAUUUUUGAAACAUGGCUGAGCAAAGUGAUAAAUAGGUAUUUGUUUCACCAAAAUGCUUACUGAAAAGUAGGGAAAAGGGACUUUUAUUACUUGCCCUGUUGUGCAUUCUAUAAUGGGGGGACAAUAUUGCUAUAUAUUGCUCUUAUAGCUACAUUUUGUAACAUUUCUAAUACUUGUAAUAUUGAAUUAUUUGUGAUUUAUAAACAAUGCAAUACACACCAAACAGAAUGAUAAACCUUACUUAGGUAAAAGAUUUAAUGAUUAAAAAAAUAAAUGACUAUCUUGUUAAAAAGAACUUUUAUAACAAUUUUGUAAGUUCUACAUUAAAUGAUGUAGCAAAACUGGUGCUACUUAGUCAUCAUUUCUGCCAAUUAGAAACUGUUGUGCAACACUUUGUUUUGACCCUGGCUCCAUUUCCAGAAACAAAUUCGCCACACAAAUGGGUGUGUAGAGAGCUACUAGUUUUGUUUUAGAAAUGGAAAGGAAUGGCAAGUGUAUAUUUGAUGCUACAGUAUGUCAAUGAUAGUGUACUGUAUGAACUUUUAUAUCAGAAGAUAUAUUAGUUCUUUAGAUUAUUUUUCAUAUAAUGACAUAUAAGAAAUACAUUUUAAGGGUAUGAAUAGAGAUUUUAAAGAUUAUUUAUACUUUAACUUUGUGCAUCAUCAGGCCACCAAAAAUGUCAUAUGAUGCAUAUGAGUAUUUUUAUUCUUUAUAAUGUGAUAUCACAUAAUCAAAGACUGAUUCAACAAUAAAAUGAGACUUGCCAACUUCAGUAUUGUUCUCAAGAAUAAGAGUCAAAUUUUUAGCAACAGUACAGCAACAGCACUUGUAGUGUGGCUGUUGCGACAGACUUUUCAGUGUUGUGAAUGAAGACCAGGAACACCUAAAAGUGUCUUUACAACAGUUUUUGGGUGAUGGAAAUGAGGCUUCAUGUUUCGCACGUUCCAUUCCACACCAUUAUCAGUUCACCAUGGUACCUCAGAAUUCAUAAUCAUACAUACUUGAUAAGCCAAUUUGUGGAUAAAUCAUCAUGAAGGCUGUAUAUACACUUAGUGUUAGAGUGAUAUAAUAUAUGAAUAACAUAUGUGAUAGUAUUUUUUCAGUUAAUUCAAUAAAUAGUAGUAAGAUAAUGUAAUGGGGUUGUUUCUGUAUAUAAUAUUAAAUGAGGAUUAGAUAUAAACUGUAUCUCUAUGUAACAAGUAAUGUGAUAUGUUACUGUGCAGUUUGGAUGUAUAUAUUAUGUAUAUACACUACUAUGUCACAUAAUCUGUAUUAUAUGGUUAUUAAGCUUUAAUUCACAUAUGGAUUUAAAUUGAUAUUUGAAAUAGUUAUUUUGGGAAUUACUGAAGUAAAAGAUGUAUUAUAUUUUUUAUUAUUAUUUAACAUUGAAAACACAAAACAAAAUAGCAUAUAUCUGCUGUAGGAAGUUCAGAGCUACAUAUCAAAAUUACUGAGCAUGUAUCUUGUCUUGAAUAAUUGUUUUCUGGAACUUAAAUUUUUUGUAGUGUAUUUCUCUCAUGGGGAUUGCAGUUCUUAUGAUGAAAAAAAGAAGGGUAAGUUUAUACAAGAUUUUACAUUAUAGAUGAUUCCAAUUUUAGAAUAUUUACAAAAUUGUGAUCAGUGGAGGAAAAUGUUUUGGUAAAUAUGGAUAUUAUUGUUCAUUUUUUUUUUUUUUUAUAGUUUUGAGAAUAUGCUGAAUAUUUAUAUGACUAUUAUUUGCUAAAUCUUCAGGUUAAGCUCUUUGUUUGUGGGCUGCACAUAUUAUAAUGUGAUGAAAUGAUAAUUUUUAUUUUUUUUUUGCAUUUAUUUUCCAGUUAUUGUUUAUUUCAUCAAUACACAUGAAUGUAAAAGGAGCUAUGAAAAGGGUAAUAACAUUUGUUAGCAAAUAUUUCUAUAAUGUACAGACAUUUGUACUGUUGAUUCUUACUAUUCAAAGCAAUAUCACUUAGCCUUCAAGGUAAAUAUGAUUAAUAUAAUAAUAUUAUAUAUGUAUAGAUAAUAGAUAAACUGUAUUGGUUUUGAUUAUUGCAAGUCCAUAAAAAAAAUGGAGCAGAUAAACUGAAAUUAAACACAAAUACUGUCACAUGUACACACAAUUAAAAUGAAAACGUGGCUACAAUAGAAACCUUUGUAUUGUGGUAGUGUUUCCAUUUUAAUGAAUUUACUGCUUGAACAAUGAAGUGAGAACCCUUAGUUCAUGUUACGAAGAAAAUUUAUAGUGGUAUUUGAUUGGUAAAGCUAAUGUGUAAUUUAAAUUGUUUAUAGAUAUUUUCUUUAUUUUUGCUUAUGUAAUAAUACAUAUCAGAAACAGGACAAAAAAAUCUCAUUUGUAGCAAAUCCUAUUUUGACCAAAUAGAAAUAAUUUUAGAAAUGAAAUAGUGCUAUAUGACCUUAGAUGUCUAGCACAUUUACUUCGCUUUUCUCCAUUAACCAUUUAGAAAUGAAAUAAUGCUAACUUUGGAUUUCUUUUUUUUGAAAAUAAUUGUUUUUACUAUUUUCAAUUGUUUUUACUUAGUAGACCAGUGGUUCUUAUACUUUUUGUACUUUAUAAUACAGGAAUUGAUGGAAUAUUGUGUAUAAAGUAAAUAAUACUCUAAAUAAUCUGUAUAUUAUUGUCAUGAAAAAAAACAAAAACUGGGCAUUGAUUGCAAAAUCUUUAUUUGGCAAAUAUAGUAUUCACAAUAACCAAA